AUGAGACCAGAAGAUGGCUUUGCCGUCGCAGCGACUUGCGAAAGAAAAUCUUCCCUGUUAGCAGAGAUGGUCCGCCUAAACCAUAUCCUCCUCCAAAUCAACCAAUUCAACAUCCGAGCCUCCAAAUCCAACCUCGACUCCCAAUCAAUAAUGGACGACGUCGAAAGUCUCUCCCAACAGCUCGACGCCUGGUUCGAGGAAUUACCAGACCACAUGCAAGAUACGCGCGAAAAUCUCAUCCGCUACUCGGAGCAAGGACUAGGUCGUUUACUCAUCGCCCUUUAUCUGGGGUACUACAACUACGGCCAGAUGCUCUUCUACCGAUUCCUGCACGAUGACUCGCAACACUUCGAUGCGCGGACUCGCUACUACGCGAGUAAAUGCAAGCACCAUGCCGGUAGUCUGUGCGAAAUCGUCUAUGCCUCGGAGGAAGUGCCUGGAUGCGAUGUUAUGUAUAACAUGGUCGGCCAUGUGUUGAUGAUUGCGUCGACGGUGCAAAUUCACAGUUUGCUUUUUGAAACGGAUGAGAGCAUCGUGGCUACCUCGAAACAGCGCUUAGAGAGGAACUUCUGUAUCCUGACUCAUCUUGUUAGUCUUUGGCCGACUCUUGAUGUGUGCAUGGAGCGGCUUAUGGCAUUUCAUGCCUCUUGUCGGAAGUCUGCGGAGACGAGCUUUUGCAUGGAUCAGUGGAUGGUGAGGUUUUUGGUCGAGUUUGCGAGUCCGGUUAGUGAGAAGGUUUCGGAGGAGAUGGGUCCUUGGUCUCUUGCGAGAAUGGGUGUUUUCGAGCAAUGA